AGGGCGCCCAGACCCCCUGCCGCGGCGUCCCCGCGGCCCCAGCCCAGGGAGAAGAUGAGCGUGGGCUGCCCAGAGCCUGAACCGCUCCACUCCCUGCCUUGCUGCGGGCCGGGGGCCGCCCCUGUACCAGGUGCAGGUGUGCCCCUCCUCACAGAAGACAUGCAAGCACGGACACUGCGCACACUGACUGCCAGCGACCUUACCAAGCACUACGAGCUUGUCCGGGAGCUGGGUAAAGGGACCUACGGGAAGGUUGACCUGGUGGCUUACAAGGGCACAGGCACCAAAAUGGCGCUGAAAUUUGUGAAUAAGAGCAAGACAAAGCUGAAGAACUUCCUGCGUGAAGUGAGCAUCACCAACAGCCUGUCAUCCAGCCCCUUCAUCAUCAAGGUCUUCGACGUGGUCUUCGAGACUGAGGAAUGCUAUGUCUUUGCCCAGGAGUGCGCGCCUGCUGGAGACCUGUUUGACAUCAUCCCUCCCCAGGUGGGCCUCCCCGAGGACACGGUGAAGCGCUGUGUGCAGCAGCUGGGGCUGGCGCUGGACUUCAUGCACAGCAGACAGCUAGUGCACCGCGACAUCAAACCCGAGAACGUGCUGCUGUGUGACCGUGAGUGCCGCCGUGUGAAGCUGGCGGACUUCGGCAUGACGCGGCGCGUGGGCUGCCGUGUGAAGCGUGGGAGCGGCACUAUACCCUACACAGCGCCCGAGGUGUGCCAGGCGGGCCGUGCCGAUGGCUUCGCGGUGGACACAGGCGUGGAUGUGUGGGCGUUCGGAGUGCUUAUCUUCUGUGUGCUCACCGGCAACUUCCCGUGGGAGGCUGCGUCGGGCGCCAAUGCCUUCUUCGAGGAGUUCCUGCGCUGGCAGCAGGGCCGCCUGCCGGGGCUGCCUUCGCAGUGGCGCCGCUUCACCGAGCCUGCACUGCGCAUGUUCCAGCGGCUGCUGGCUCUGGAGCCCGAGCGUCGCGGGCCGGCCAAGGAGGUCUUCAGCUUCCUCAAACAAGAGUUCACAUCUGAGCUUCGGCGGCGGCCUUCGCACCGUGCACGCAAACCUCCUGGGGACCGCCUGCCCGGGCCCCUGCUCCUCGAGGCUCCUGCACCGCUCAAGCGCACCGUGCUCACCGAGAGUGGCAGCGGUUCACGGUCCUCGCCGCCCAGCGUGGUGCCCGUUCCGGUGCCCGUGCCCGUGCCUGAGGCUGGUCUGGCUCCUUCCGCUCCCUCGGGCAGGACCGAUGGCCGUGCAGACAAGAGCAAAGGGCAGGUGGUGCUGGCCACGGCCAUCGAAAUCUGCGUCUGA